AUGUAUUCACCGCGCCAAAAAGUUUUGUGGUUUGCUUUAUGUACAAGAAUUUCUGUGAUAUUACUACAAGUGAUAUCGAACGCUUUAAUACCUGAUCAUGAUGCAAAUGUUUUUCUCAGUCCCGAAGAUCCAACACUGCAAAAAGCCACAGCAGACAUCAUCAUUGAUAAGUUAUUAGGUGGUAUGAAAAGAUGGGAUUCUCAAUAUUUUAUUCAUAUAGCACAAUAUGGAUAUACUUAUGAAAAUUGUUUAGCUUUUUUUCCAUUAUUCCCUUUGAUAGUUAGGUAUAUUGCAUACAUAUUAAGCAGUAUUUUAGGAUCAAUUUUUAACUUUCAUAGUUUAUUAUUAAUAUCUGCAACAAUUAUUAAUUUAUUAUUAUUUUUAAAAUCAGCUGAUAUACUGCACAGUUUGAGCCUACGAGUUUUAAGGAAUGAAUGUAACGCUUAUAAGUCUGCCAUAUUAUAUUGUGUUAACCCCGCAAGCAUAUUUUUCACUGCUCCAUAUUCUGAAACAUUGUUUGCUUUAAUGUCUUUCUAUACUAUGUUUAAAUGCACUGAAAGUGAGUCAAUGAGAUUUGCUAAUAUUGAUAUGACUAGUGCACUACCUGCUGGUUUCUCCAUGAUCACUCGAUCAAAUGGUUUGGUCAACCUGGGUUUCAUAUUUUACACAAGUUUUAAAAAUGUGAUAGAGAGAACUUUGCCUGAAAUUGUUUAUAAAUAUAAGACUCUAAAGCAAAGGGUAAUGCUUCCAUUCUUGUUAUUGCCUUUGUUUACCUGUAGUGUGGCAUUAUUUAUAACCAUUAUUGUAGCUCUGAUCCCUUUUAUGCUUGUUCAAUUAUAUAACUAUUUUAAAUUUUGUAUUCAUAAUGAACAUAACUUGCCAGAGUUUUUAUCCAAUUAUGAAUACAUCUUACCAGGUUCUGCUGCAAGUCCUUGGUGCAACAACUCAAUUCCUCUGUCAUAUUCAUAUAUACAAAGCCAUUAUUGGGAUGUUGGGUUUUUUAAAUAUUAUAGAUUAAAGCAGAUACCAAAUUUUGUAUUAGCUUCACCAAUUUUGUUUUUAAUUCUGUAUCAUUGCUUAUGUUUUGUUAAAAACAAUCUUAGGCUAUGUGUAAGACUAGGAUUAAAGGACAGCAUUUUUGUUUAUGGAUAUUUAAAUAAAAUGCCUUAUCGGCCAAAACAAUAUUCUAAGGGAUUUGGGGCCAAUGAUCCCAAUAUGUUUGUGUAUGUAAUUCAUGCAAUGUUUCUUAGUAUAUUUUGUAUUAUUUUUGUGCAUAUUCAAGUUUCAACAAGGCUUCUAGCAUCGAGCAGCCCCAUCCUUUACUGGAUAUGUUCAACUAGAAUAAAUGUUGGACCUACGCAAACUUCAGACCAGAAUGCUAUAAAUGAACAUUUCAGACGUGUCAGUACAGGCAAGAGAAUACCAACUCACCAUUUAUCGAUUGCUAACUUGGAAGGAGUUGAAAAUAUGUAUAGUAAAUGGAGAACAUUUAUAAUAUCAAAACAAAUGCCUGAUUUUCAGUCAAGAUUUAUACAGUGUUAUUUUAUUGGGUAUUUAGUGGUAGGAACUGUCCUUUUUUCUAAUUUUUACCCUUGGACAUGA